UUUGAAUUCAGAAGUUGUUUUGCUGGCGCAACAGAAACAGAGAAAAGACCUUUCGGUGACGAUUCUUUCUGCAAUUUUCCUUUCUUUUGUGUAUUGUGAUGUGAUACGCAACGAAAUACAUAAAUAACGAAUAUGGGAAUCAAAGCCGUAGAACUCCUUGCGAUUUUAGCGCUGAAUUUCUUACGCUACGCCUCCUCGGAUAAUAUCCUGCCCUGCAAUGCGACCGAAAUAGGCGGGUGUCCUGGGAAGCAUCAAAAAUGUAUUCAGGAGACUGGUCAGUGUGCUUGCCUGGACGGUUAUGUUAUGCACGAUGGUGAGUGUUUGGACGGGAGCAGCGACCCGUACUCGGCUCACGACACCACGGCCGCAGUCGUCUCCAUCUUCACUAUAUCCCUUGUAGUCGUCGGCCUUGUGCUAGUAAUAAGGAAGUACAGUUUGAUAGAGUAUGUCCGACAAAAGAUCAAUUUACGCCGAAACAACGACGUAAUGUACGAAGAUGUCAUGAUCGGACAGGACGAUCCGCCUCUAGUACCAUAGUCAUAGCAGAUGUAAUAAUUUAUUUGUACAGUCACUGUUAAAUGUUGCAAUAUUUGUAUAUUAUGACUUUAGAUAUAAAGGAGUUUGUAAUACUCAUAAGACCUUUUUUUAAAUGCAUCAUCACUGCUGCAGGCUUGUUAUUGCAUCCACAAAAGUUCAUUGAUUUUUAAUCUGCAUAAUCUUAAAUACAUUUUAUAGUAAAAAUAGUCACUAUCAAAAUAAAUCAAUAAUAUUAUUAAAUAAGAGAAUGUAGCAUGUAGACAGAAGUUUAUAAUAAUAUGUGAGUUAAUAUGUAAUUGUACAUUAAGUUACAUCAAACAAUGAAUGUUAUUUUAGCAAAUAAUCCAAAACUGUUUCAAUUUUGAUAU